CCACCUUCUCUAUCUCUCUCUUCUUUUUCCCGAGAAACAAACCACACUCGGUUUUUAUUUUCUUCAUUUUGGCAACGAUGGAAAACAAUGAGAGGGGUUCAAUCUCUCCAAUCUCAAUUCCAACCACGUUUUCUUAUUCUCCAUCGUCGUCGUUUUCUUCACCACUUUCUCAGUUUUCACCAAGUCUUCCUUCUCCAGACUCUCAAUCUUCUUCACCACCGCGAGCAGCAGCAGCUUCUCCUCAGCUUGUUCUCAGCCCUUGUGCUGCCUGCAAAAUCCUUCGCCGUCGCUGCGUCGACAAGUGUGUUUUGGCUCCUUAUUUCCCACCAACUGAGCCUUCUAAGUUCAUCAUUGCUCAUAGAGUUUUUGGAGCUAGCCACAUCAUCAAAUCCUUGCAGGAACUACCAGAGUCCCAAAGAGAAGAUGCAGUAAGUAGCAUGGUGUACGAGGCCAGUUCUCGGAUUCGGGAUCCGGUAUACGGGUGUGCCGGAGCGAUUUUCCAGCUACAAAAGCAAGUGAGUGACCUCCAAGCACAGCUGGCCAAGGCACAAGCUGAGGUUGUGACCUUGCAAUGCCAACAAGCCAAUGUGUUAACCCUAAUCUUGGAAAUGUCACAAUCUAAAGAACCCAUUGACACCACUUGUUUUCUAGAUGAUACUUGUAUUGUUUCACCUUGGGAGCCUCUCUGGACUUGAAGAAAGGGUUGAGAAUUUUCAGUAAAAUAAUUAAUUACGGUGUUAUCAGGAUUUUCUUUUAAAUAUUUGUGUUCAAUACAUAUCCCGAUAUAAAUAUAAAAAGAAAAAAUUAAUGCAUUUAUGCCGGAUAUAUACCCAUAUGGGAAUGAGAAUAUAGGUUAGUUAUGGGAGAUAUGUAGCCCUAGCUUUUUCUUCAAUCGAUCUUGUUGACCUAAAGGUACCUUUGGAAAUUGAUUUCAUAUGAAGGUUUCUCUA